AAUGAAUAAUUUUCUCUGUUUCCGUCUCAUAAAGAAAGUCAACCAAGAACCUAAUAGGUGAGAAACCAAACGUUUUGGUUUGUGUUCUUGUGCCAAAACUAGAGAAACAAGUGGAAAAGGGUGGGCCAUUAUGGCCAUUUGGAUAAACAGAAGAUACUAAAUAAAGCCGAAUCAAUAUAAAAACAAUGUUCACAUCUUCUCUCUCUCACUCUCUCUAUAAUUUUGUAUGAGACUAUGAGUAGUGUAAGGAAUAUGUAUGUGUUAUAGAGAGGGUAGUGGUGGGGGGAGAGGAACCCAUAGCCAUAGUUGUAGAAAAUAGGUGAAGCACAAAACAAAAGAGCUGUAAAAGUCUUGACUUUCUAACUAGAUUCAGUACACCUAAAAAGUGAAAUCUUCUUUUGUUCUCACCUUUUCACACACCAAGAAUCAAUAACUAUCAAUAGGUUAAGUAAACCAGUUGUGUGCUAUGGUCCCAGCCAUCAGAUCAUAUCGUGCAUAUACAGUGUUCUCAUUGCUUGCUUUUAAAGUUUUGAAACAUUUUUUUCCUUAGGCAGAAGUUUUGUAUUGUUUAAGAAGAUUCCAGUUUCCCUUCAACCGCAAGAAGUCUCAAGAUCAGUAUGGACAAACUCAAAAUAUAUUUCGAGUUAUUUUAUUAGGUUUUAUAAUCAUAUCCAGAUAUUUAAUGUGUUUUAAAUAUCCCUUGAAUAGAAUACGGAAUACAUGGAGCCGACAUCAAAUCAUCCACCAUAUUUUAUAUACGACAUGUGAUUGAUGUAUAGUUUGACAAUAUUUAAUAUUUGUAUUUAUAUAGCCUGACAAUUGACAAUGAAAAAUAAUUUUUUAAAUUGUCUUCAUUAGCUGUUUUAGCAGCCAAAUUUGUUACUUAAACGUAGCAUGACAACGAACAGGAUUUCUUUAUAUAUCAUUAUUCGUUUCAAUUAAUCAAAAAGUUAGGUUUGAGUCGGUUGAAAUACAUUUUCUUUUAUCAAUUACUAUAUAUUUAAAUGCAGUGUGAACAUGCAAUGAAAAUACAUUUAAUCGUGGUCAGAACAUUACCGGCAGUUCAAGAGUUAAGAUAUUACGAGUUAUGAACUAUAUAUCAAAUUAGAUUUGGUACUCACUUUUACAUUAAUGUGAUAGUAUUUUUUAUUAUUUUUUUGCAUGGGUCUAGACUCAAUCGUAAACCUAUUGCAUAGAGUGUUAAAAAAACAGAUGUGAAUGAAUCAUUACCACACUUCCAGAUCACCUUCACCUACAACUUCCUGUUCCACUCGAUCCUAUAUAUAAUACACACACACACACACACACACACACACCAUAUUAAGAAAAUACAGUAACAGAACUUCAAUCAUCAUCUUCAUUAAUUGAUAACCAUGUCUCCUUCUUCAGAAAAUAAUAGAGUAACGAGACAGGUAAUCAAGAGUUUUUUGGUAAAGCUUCAGGAAGAAGGAGAAGGUGCUCUUGUUAGAAACGCCAUCACAGAGAUGGACCAGAAGUUACUAGACCCAUUCGUGUUACUAGUUGAAUUUUCUUUUUCGCUUUCAGUUGGAUACCCAGAUCAUCCUCACCGAGGUUUUGAAAGUCUUACUUACAUGUUAAAGGGGGGUAUCAUUCACAAAGAUCUUAAAGGUCAAAAAAGUAUAAUCAAAGCUGGAGAUGUUCAGUGGAUGACAGCAGGAAGAGGAAUCAUUCAUUCAGAAUAUCCGGAACAAGAAGUCAACAAUGGCUUACAGCUUUGGAUCAAUCUUCCUUCCAUUCACAGAAUGAUGGAGCCAAAAAACCUAGAACUGUCUGGUUCAGAGAUUCAAAGAGCAGAGGAAGAUGGAGUAGAGGUCAAAGUCAUAGCCGGAGAUUCAAUGGGAAUCAAAUCUCCUUCCCACACAACAACACCAAUGAUGUACCUUGACUUCACCCUCAAACCAGGUUCUCAAACCCACCAGGCCGUUCCAGAAUCCUGGACUGCUUUCGCCUACAUUUUAGAAGGCGAUGAAGGCGUGUUCAGCUCCAUGAACUCUUCAGCUAUAUCUGCGCACCAUGUUGUUGUAUUUGGACCAGGGGAGUUAGUUAGCGUGUGGAACAAGUCAAGUUCUAGGUCAUUGAGGUUUCUGUUGAUUGCAGGGGAGCCGAUCGGUGAGCCUAUGGUUCAGAGUGGUCCGUUUGUGAUGAGUUCUCAGGCUGAGAUUGAUAUGGCUUUUGAGGAUUACCAGAAUGCUAAGAACGGGUUUGAGAUGGCUAAAAGUAGUUAAGUAGAGGUCACAGUCAAAAGAGUUUGUAAACAAAAACCAUAUGAAUUAUGUGGUUUUGUCUUCUUUAUUUCACAUUCAAGAUGAGAUCAGUGUCAGAGGUAAAAAAAAACAACAAUCAUCUCUUUAUGAAAGUUGAUGAUAAGACUUGAGAUUCUAUUA